GCGGGAUCAGACUUCGACGGUGGUCCAGCGCAUCCAAAUACGAACCAAAAGGCUGCCCAUUCGCUUGCCCAGGCAGCGUGAGGCACACACGGCUCGUAGCCGACGCGUGACAGCCCGCUGCUACGCGCGCGUCCACUCGUUCGAGCGGCCAGCGCCUCUACCACCAAGAUGGGCCUCACCAAGGAGGAGGCGGCCAAGAUAUUGGACUGCGCCGUCGACGACGACGCCGACGCCAUUAAAAAAAAGUACCGGAAGUUGGCGCUCAAGCUGCACCCCGACAAAAAUAGGGAUGACCCCGAGGCGACGCAAAAGUUCCAGCGCAUCGCCGAGGCCCACAAGUGCCUCACUGAUCCGAAUUAUGUAGCGGACGAGACGGGAAUGAGCGAAGAAGAACUUAAGAAGGAGAUGGAGGUCAUGUACGAGGUCAUGUAUGCGCAAUUCAAGAUGAUGUGCAAGAUGAGCGGCAUCCCGGCGCCGCCCCCGGAGCUCAUGAAGGCCAUGAUGGCUGGGAGCGUGAAAGACGCCAUGGGCGAUUCGGACGACGUCGACCCGCAAGUCAAGGAGCAAAUGGAAAAUGUAAUGAAGGACUUCGGCGGCGACGCCGAGGGGCUCGACGAAAUGAUGAAGCAGGCGAUGUUCGCCGAGAUGGAUAGUGACGACGAGCCCGAGGGCAUGGAGGAAAUGUUUUCAGCCAUGAUGGGAGGCGGCGGCGGUCCUGGCGGUGCCGGCGGUUCAGAGGAGGACAUGAUGGAAAUGAUGAUGGGUAUGAUGGGAGGGGCGAUGGGCGGCGACGGUGGAGGCGAUUCAGAGGCAGCAAUGUUAGCAGCCAUGAUGGGCGGCAUGGGUGGUAUGGGCGACGAUAGCGACGACGACGGUGGCGACGGCGAGGAGGAUCAAAUGGCUGCGAUGAUGGCUCAGAUGAUGAUGGGGGGCGGCGGGGGCGGAGGCGACAUGGCCGCAAUGAUGGCUGCGAUGGGCGGCGAGGACAUGGACGACGAAGCUCUGGCUCAGAUGAUGGGCCUCGGUGGGCCGGCGCGGCCUCCCUCCAAGAGCAAGAAAACCAGGCGCGGCGGCAAGAAAAAGAAGCGCCCCGUGUCCCGCGGCAACGCGCCCGCCUCGGCGCCGGCGGCCGCACCCGAGGCGCCCGCCGAGGCGCGGCCGCCGAAGCUCGGCGACCGCGUGGAAUGCGACUGGGGCGAGGGCGUCGUCAAAUUUCUAGGGGCCGUACACUACGCCAAGGGCGACGACUGGGUCGGCGUGGCGCUGGAUGAUGCAGACGGCAAGAAUGACGGCACGAUCAAGGGACAGCAGUAUUUCGAGUGCGCGCCGAAGCAUGGGGUCAUGGUUCGCGAGGCGGACGUCGAUGUGCUGGUAAGCGCAUAACUUAGUCACAUAUA